ACUGGGGGUGAAGUAAACGCAGUUACUGGUUGUGUUAACCAAAUUAGUGAAAACAACGCACCUCUACUGCAUUAUUUUCAAUGUGAUAUUUUAAUUAAAGCAAUAAAUAUCAUCUCGAAAUAUAUGUGACAGCUAUGUUUGAGUUAACAGCAAAUGUUUAUGACCUCUGGGAAGCGGAGGAUUCACGACUGUGUCCAUUGUCACCUAAACAAUUGGCUUUACUAGAGAGGUUGGAAAAAUUGACAACUCAAGAAUCAUCAUCACCGUAUGAUAUUGAAUCAGGAGGAGAUAGGAAACAGUCAAACCUUAGUGAAGGUAUCAUCAAAGAUGACAGUGAUUCAACAAUGAUUGGUGAUGCUGUCAAUAAUUUCAGCACCUUACGAGAUAUUGAACGCUGGUUUGACUCUGUAGAGACAACUUUGGAAAGUGAAGAUGAAAUUAGAUUUAAAUGUUUACAGGACAAUCUUAACCUAUGUCAGACGCUUUCCAAGCAAAUUGAAUGUUUAUUGGAUAAUCUUUACUAUCUCAAGAAGAUGUUUGACUCCAAGGCGAGUAAAAUAACAUCAGUUCAUUCUAUGUGUGAAAAUAUUUUACAACAAGAAAGGAGUUUAAUCAUGGCGGUCGAGGCAAUCAAUGAGAAACUUAAUUAUUUCAAAGAACUGGAAGUUAUGACCAAGAAACUCGGUUCAUCUUCUGUAUUGAUUCUCAAUGAAUCUUUAAUGCCGACCUUAACUAGACUCGACGAAUGUAUCAAUUUUCUUGCCUGCAAAUCAAACUAUAAAGAGAGUGAACACUUCAUUGACCAAUAUAAGAUUUUACAAGACACAGCCCUGGAAACCAUCAAAAAAUACGUGAUAAACUCUAUUCAAAAUGCUGCUAAAUCAGUUAUGCCGGAAUCAGGAAAAGUUUUAUCUGAUAACGAUUCUGUCUUCUCGCUUUUCUAUGGCAGAUUUCAAUCUUCUUGUGCUAGAAUCAAAUCCCUAGUCACAAUGAUCGAGGAAAGAGCUGAAAACAAUCCACUUUAUCAACAGUAUCUCGACGAAUGCCAUCAAGUGUAUUUCCAAGUUCGAGAAUCCCUCAUUGUUCCAGUAUUAACAGCAGCCAUCGAUGACACAGUGACUUCCUACGGACGCAGUUACUGUACCCUUAGUCGCAACACUUGUCGUAUGCUUGUACAUAUUUGCAAAGAUGAACAUCAACUUUUCUAUCAAUUUUUUACUUCUCCAUCCCAAUUCUUGAUCGAUUUUCUUGAAACUCUUUGUGUCCAAUUAUACAAUGUCCUUCGUCCUAUUGUUAUUCACAUCAAUCAUUUGGAAACAUUAUCUGAACUUUGUUGUAUAUUGAGAAGUGAAGGGACAGAAGAGUUUUCUUUGAUUCAAGGAAACGAAACACUUUCCUUCGGUCGGGCAUUGAACUCAUUGCUACAAGAUGUCCAAGAGCGUCUAGUCUACCGAACUGCUAUUUAUAUUCAAACCAACCUUAUUGAAUAUGUACCAGCUCCUGGUGAUCUUGCUUAUCCAGAUAAACUUGAAAUGAUGGAGAGUAUUGCUGAAUGUUUAUCUACCAAUUCACCUGGCCCUUUAGUUCGAAGUGAUUCGUUGUCUUCCAUUACAUCGACCACUUUAUCGGAUAUUUCUCUAGCAACUUACAAUGAUUCCUCUUUCGGUAGAUAUGCAUCACGAUCUCCAGCAGAUAUUCAUGGAAUGUGGUAUCCAACAGUUCGGAGAACGAUCAUGUGUCUUGCUAAGCUUUAUCGAUCCCUUGAUAAACCUGCAUUCCAAGGAUUAGCCCAAGAAGUUGUUGCUGGCUGUUUGGAGUCAUUAAAACGAGCUGGGUCCGAGAUUAGUAAAAAUAAAAGUCCAUCUGAUGGUAGCCUCUUUCUGAUCAAACACUUAUUGAUUGUUAGAGAGCAAAUCACGCCAUUUAGGAUUGAAUGUAUUGUCCGAGAAGUUGAAAUUGAUUUCGAGCGAGUCAAAACAGCAGCAAUGAAUCUAUUCAACAAUCGUAAUUUUUUCAGCCUUAAAAGUAGCAAUGGAUUACUUCAAUUUCUUUUCGAAGUUCCUGGAGCUCCUCAAGUGAUUGACCAUGUUUUGGAUCCUCAAAAAAUCGUUGACACCGAAAUUAAAAGUAUCUGUGAAAAGUUCAUCAGCUCCAGUGCCAACAAUAUGUUGCUACCAAUUAAAUCACAUCUUGAACUGUUACGAAGGUGCAUCAAAACUCCUUCAACUAAUUUACCUACAAUCGAAGAAAUUAAUAAGGUUCUUAAAGAAUUAACAAGUCACCUAGAAUCAACUAAUUCAUCUAUACGUAAAUCAAUGUCGCUCUACCUUGCUAAUCCUGACACGGAAAACAUUCUCUUCAAACCAAUAAAGAACAAAGUUCUCAAACAGUUGGAUGAAUUCAGGAAAACUGUGCUCAGUGCCUAUGACAAAGAUAAACAUUUGCUGAUUGAAUUACCACCAAUGGAUGUUUACGAGAAAAUUUUUGUUCCUUCCAAUUUACAUGAUUCAGUUACAUCAUCAACAUCAUAAGCUAUUGAUGCACCUUUACUUAACAAUAAUCAAACUAGCAAUAAUUAUCAUCCAUUCACCUGUAAAUAAUUAGCCUAAUAAUUUAUUCUCGUCACUUGACUCUUCAACCCGUCAAUCAGCAAACCUGCAAUGGGCAAAGGAGUCGAUAUUUCAUUUGUUUACCCGUUUACGUAUUAAGCUCGGAAAGCUUAAUUCACUAUUUAUUGAUUUAUUAUGUUUUUGAAUGGUAUUGUUGAUAAAUUUUAAAAAAAUUUC